AAAACCAGAGUUUAACUUAAAUGUAUUUAUUAUUUGAUAUACCUAACCAUUUCAACAUGGUAGCAGAGCGUGGUUAUAAAAGAAAAACUCAGUGUGAUAAGUAAAUUAAAGAUUUAAAAAUAUAAUUGACAUCCGAGGUUAAGGUGAAUUGUGCAACGAAAAAUUUGUCGUGAAAAUACAAAAAUUAACAUAAUAUUACAUCAAGAUGGCAAAAUUGAAGAGAUAUCUACUCAGAGCGCUUCCACCAAGUUACAGUUAUAUCGGUGAUUUUCUUGAUUUAAUUCCAGAAGAACAAAGAACAGUUGAUUAUGAGUGUUCUAAAAUUAAAGAGAAAAAUAUGGCCACCAGUGACUUGGACAAGAAAAACAACAAUGUACUCAACAUUUGCAACCAAAAUUAG